AUGGCUACCAGGCUGAACCCAGUCAUAGAUUACAGGAUGCCUACCUUAAUCGGUAAGGCUGGAUUUAAUAUGUCGGAAAACGUUUUGACCACCAUACCACGACCACGAGGUGUGGUUCACCUAGAAGCAGCACCACCAAGAAAUCUUCGUGAAGUGAGGAAAAUGAUGAGAAAUGAAAUCAAAAUGUUAACAAAGCGACUAAUGCGUUUAGAGAGACUUUAUUAUGGUGGCCAGAAAACACUUCAUGAUGAAAUAGAAACUUAUCUGAUUCCCAUCAAAUCAGUCAUGAGAGCUGUUUUGAUCUUUGACCUUAACAAGUCUUCAAAUGUAGAUGAGAUAUUCGUUCGUGCUGGAAAACCCAAGCAAUAUCGUCCGAAUAAAAGUGAUUUGAUAGCCUUAAAGGAAGUGUAUCUCAAACUACAGACAUUUCUUCCCUCUAAAUUGUCCGAUACGAUCGCAUCUUGUGAAAAAUUAGUGACAAAUCUUGAUAAAUACUGUAUCAGUUUCUAUGAUCGGAAUUCAGAUGGAUAUCUUGGUUCAGCUGCAAAUUUCGAACUCCAAAUUGAGAAAUGGCGGAACGAAAUAAAAAAUCACAUUUCGAAUGCUAAGACUGUGUUUAUGAGGUUAAAGGGCAAUGACAGGAUUUCACUAGACACUUCACAUCUUUGUCCUCCUGUAAGGCAGUUUGCCGAAACUGCUGAUUGCUGUAAUGUAUUGUUCCUUGUAAUUUUUGCUGAUGCUGUCUCAAACAUCCGAGGUGCUCUGUUGCUGAUGAACUCAUGGAUGAAAGCAGAUGAAAAUUAUGGAUCUUAUGUUAAAGCAGAUGCUAAAGAACUUGAAAAGGUGAAGGAGCAACGAACUUGUACUCUCCGCGAAUCGAAGGACAGAUUUCAUUCGUUAACAUUCAAACUGUAUCUAGCUGAAUCUGAUCUACAGAAAAUCACAGAUGAAAGUCGUUGUGUUGAAGAGAAGCUCCAACCUUUAAAGGAAGAAGAAUUGUCAUUGAUCCAGAAAAUACGUGAACUAGACAUAACAAUAGAAUUUAAAGAGAAAAAGAUGGCCCAGAUAAGAAAAGAGAGCAGGUUAUCUGAUACAUGUGCGUUACCAGAAUACUACGAACUUAUUGAAGACGAAUUGAAGGAUUUAAAAGACAGGUUACCCAUUAUGCAGAGGCAGUUAUCUGGCAUUCAAUAUAAGAUCCACUGGUUAGUCAACAAGAAAAACGCCAGGGAUAAGCUCAAAGAUGACGUCAAGAAGCUGAAGAAGCAACUUAGCGAUGCUGAAGAACAGUUGAACUCCUCUGUCAAUAUGUUUGAAGAAACACGACAAUCUGUGGAUGUUGCUAGACGAAUUGCUUUAUGCAAAAAUACCAACGACUCGGCAGAGAAACUCUAUUAUGAUUUACCCUUUGGACCCAAGUCAGAUCGAGAUAAAUUGCCAUUGAGCGGUGGAAGGCCAAUCAAUACAGUUUGUGCAAUUAUAGCCGAUAAUAUUGAAAAAGACUGGAUGAAGCUUUAUAGAAAUCUACCAUUCGUUCCUGCUCGAGGCUGUCAUACCAUAGAAAAAGAUAUCAGCAAAAUCAACGAGUCGCGGGAAAGGGAUGAGAUAUUAGCGAAGCAAGCCUUAAAAAGAUGGCAGCGUCAUCAUACAAGAACCAAAAUUGAGGAUUUGAAAUCUGCUCUAAAGAAAAUACGCCGAUUUGAUAUUUUGAGGAUGGUAAAUGCGGAGCUAGCUAUACCAGAUAAGGAUAUCAAGGAAAGGGAUUUAGAAGAUCAGAGCGCCGAUCGAGAUCCUGAAUUGAUUCCUUAUCUGAAACAAGUUGAGCUUUUUGAUAAGCUUAGAGCUGCAGGAAAAAUCUGA